AUGAUCCCUCGCAAGUCAUCCAUGUCAAAGAAAACUAUUGGUUAACCUAAAUUCAUUUUAAAAGACGACAAUACUUUGGAUUCAUCAUAUUUGGAGAUGUAUCAAUAAAAUAAAAAUCAUAAUUCUGGUUAAAGAUUACAAUAAAUACUACAAAAAUAAAUAAAUCAAUCAUAAAAGAAUAAAUCUGUUGAAGAAGAUAGAUUAACAAGAUAAUAAUUUAUUAAUAGAAGUUAAUAAGUAGUACGUUAAGAUUUAGGAUCAUAUACUCCUUAAAAUAUUUCUUAUGAAGAUGUAGAUUUAAGAGAAGAGAAUAAAUAGUUAAAAUGUAUUCUAAUAUUAAAUUAUUAUAGAAUAAAUAAGAAAAUUACAAUUAGAAUUGCAAUAGAGUAAACAUUAAAAUUAAUUAUUGAUUCAAGAUUUCGAAUAAUUAAGAGAUCAAUUAGAAAAAUAAUCAGAAGAAUUUAAUUAAGCUUUCGAAUUGAUAAAUGAUGAAAAAUUAUUAAUUCAAUAAGAAAUUGAUUAAAAAGAUUAAAUAAUUGCUUAAUUAAGAUAAUAAUUAGCUCCUCCAAGUAAAACAUAAAUGCAGAUAGAUGAAAUCAAAAACAGAAUCUUAGCUCGUAAAUCUGUUCAUCGAAGUUCUAGAGAAAAUAUCACACAAUUAAUGAAUGAUAUGGACUAAUCUGCUAGAUAAGAUCUUAAAGAGAAUUUGAUGGAUUAUAAUAAUAGAAUAAUACUAUAGAAAUCAAUUAAAUGA